AUGGCAUUCAACUCGCGCGUGGCGACUGUUUAUCAUAUUGGCUAUCCCGCCGUUGCGAGGACCGUCUUUGGGUUUUCCGGGAGCUAUUACUUCGUCGGGGCCAGAGCUGUCCUGGCUAUUAUUUGGUAUGGUGUGCAGAUGGACAUCGGCUCAGGGUACAUGGGCAACAUCCUCCGAGCCAUCUUUGGAAACGGCUACAACGAUAUCCCCAACCAUAUCCCCGAAUCCGUCGGGAUCACGACAAAAGGCAUGCUGGCCUUCUUCCUGUUCUGGCUGAUCCAUUUCUUUUUCUGCUUCUUCCGGCCGUAUCAGUUGAAGAAGUUCUUCUGGUUCAAGGGCUUUGUCAUGACACCGUCCAUCAUCGGUGUCUUCAUCUACUGCAUGAUUGCGUGUAAGGGGGAUAUGGGCGGUGCUCUGCCGCGCAGGACAUCGACAGGGGGACUUGGAUGGUUCUUUAUGCAUGCGAUAAACAGUGGGAUGGGGAACACCGCGACUCUGAUCACCAAUCAACCGGAUAUUGCUCGUUGGAGUAAGACCAGAGGCGCUGCUGUCUGGCCGCAGAUUGUUAUCCAACCUCUCGCUGUUACUCUCUCUGCAACCUUUGGAAUCCUCUCAACUGCCGGGAUGAACAAGCUCUGGGACCUUGAACUAUGGAAUCCCUGGGAUCUCCUCGACGAAAUCCUCAAUCACCACCAUAACUCCGGGGCGCGUUUCGCAGUGUUUCUCGCAGCAUUCGGCUGGAUGGUCGGUGUCCUCGGCACCAAUAUCGCCUGCAACAUGAUUCCCUUCGGAUCGGACAUGUCUCUUCUUUUCCCCAGAUACACCGACAUGCGUCGGGGAUUCUUCAUUGUCGAGUUUCUCGCCUACGGGAUUGUUCCGUGGAAGAUCCUGGCGUCCGCAACGACAUUUACGAAUUUCCUAUCGGGAUAUGCUCUGUUCAUGGCGAGUAUUGUAGCCAUUAUGAUUGUCGACUACUUCUUCUUCACGAAAGGCAACGUCUUCCCAGAACUCCUCUUUAACCCCACAAGGACAAACCCCCGCUACCGCUACAACAAAGGCUUCAACCUGCAAGCCAUCAUCGCCUACCUCUUCGGGGUUGCCCUUCCAUUUCCCGGAUUCGUGCAAUCCCUCGGUGCAACUGGAGUCAGCGUGGGGGGUCAGCGUCUCUUCGAUCUAGGCUGGCUACUGUCCUUCUUCGUUUCAUUCGUUGUGUAUCUGGUUAUCUGUAAGGUAUGGCCGACGAAGAACCAGGUCAUGAUCCGCGAGGAGGGAAUAGGCUGGGAGCAGCAUUCGAAGACGUUGUUCACUGUUCAUCCUGCGUCGGAGGAUGACCUUGAGGAUGCGCAGGUUGUCGAUAAGAAGGCGUUGGCUUUUUAG